GCUGACUCUGAUGCUAAGAUGGAGGCAUUCUAUGUGAAGAUUUUACAGGUCCUGCUAACGUUUGGACUGAUAGCGGCCAAUGUCGUUAACGGUAGCCCCUUACAAAGGCAACUGAAAAAGGCAGAUAAUAAGCAAGAUGUCACAGGCAACCGAAAAACUGUUUACGAUGGAAAAUGGGUUGACUGCUACAUGAAAAACUUUGCGGGAAAUGUACCACCAGUAGGUUUGCGUGAUCCAAUUAAUUUCCACAUAAAAUAUAUUUGUCAAAAAGAUUACCGAGAAUACGAUGAUGGAACCCACUAUGGAACAAUGUUUGACAAGCAAUUUGGAAUUCCGGUAUACUCGGCUUACACUCUUACGAAAGAUAAGGUAGACUUCAAAGAAUGGACACGCCCAAAGUGGAAACAAACCGAAGGCAUUAAGGAACAAGGAAGCGACGAGAUCUAUCCCAGUCUACCAUUUCACCGAGGGCACCUGGCACCUGCACAUACUCUAUCAGAUACGGGUUAUAAUGGCGCCGGCUUUCGAUCCACUUUCUACUACACGAAUGCAGUGCCACAACGACCAGCUUUUAAUAGUGGUCAGUGGUCUCAGUAUGAGAGAAUGAUACGUGACUAUGCUACAGAUUACUGCACUAAGGGUGAUGGAACUUUGUAUCUCCUCACUGGAACUUCAUUUGUUAAUUGGGAUCCAGAUACAGACAGGUAUGACAUCAAUGAUCCAAGUGGACAACCUAAACUGGCUAAUGGAGAUCUUCCUCAAUUUCCAUCUAUAACAGUCCCCAGUUCUCUGUGGACGGCCGGCUGCUGUGUCAAAGAUGGUGAUGCCGUGGGGAAUUUUGCAGUGUUUGGAAACAACAGGGUAGAUCCGAAGGAGACGUUUACUCAACAAGUCUCCAUGGGUAAAUUGCAUGAGGUAAUUAAAGGGGAUCUAGCAAGUGGCAAGCCACCGAAGGUCAAAUUGUUUCCAGCAUUUCCGGGUUGCAUGGAUGAUGCCAACAAAGUAACCCUCCGGCCUGAGCGGAGGAGAGAAGACUAUGUGCACAGAACGAAUUUAAGUGAAAAAAAAGUCUAGAAGAAAAACCAUAUGCGCACUUUAAUCAUUAAUAUUAUUUCGAACAGGGUAAUUUAGUGUUAUCAACUGAGUGGAUAACGUAAAUUGGCCACCAUAAGGAGUUUAAAAGCUGACCUUUCGAGCGUUAGCCCUUCGCUAGAGCCACUGGAGGAUUUGUGGGUUGCUCUAUUGGUGGGAAUAUAAUAUAGUAACGAUCAAACCAGACUAAAUGAGUUCAAUGAAAAGCGCUCGUAGAUACCGUAGGGAUUAAGAGAGCCGAUUUGAAAGAUAAAUUUUUGUUCUAGAGUUUUGCGGCUUUCCGAACUGCCUAGAUGUUGGAAAAACCGCU